AGUACACUGUCUUCCACCCACGAACCUGCAACGGUCUCUUUCUCUCUCUCUCAGUUAUCUUCUUCUCCUUGAAGAGCUUUCCUCUCCUCCCAUCCUUUCCCACUCCUUUUUGCUCCCAAAUGGACAAGCCAUGAACCCUAAACUACCACAACCGCUUCCACCAACCUCCUCCUCUUCAUCAAAUUCCUACUCAUUCCCACUAACCCAUACCCUCUAUCUCCACUGGGCCUCUCCUCCGCCCUCCUCCUCCACCGCUAUCACCACCACGUCCAAAUCCUCGCGCUCAUUUCUUGUGCACGCCGCAACGAACCACACCAGCCCAACAGACCUCUCUCUCACAGCCGCCGCCGCCACCGAACCGGCCAAUUCUUUAGACCAAACACUCCUCGCUCUCCUCCGUCAAAGGAAAACAGAGGACGCCUGGAUAGCCUACACCCAGUGCACUCACCUUCCGAGCCCCACUUGCCUUAGCCGCUUGGUCUCCCAGUUGUCCUACCUAAACACCCAAGUGGGCCUCACGCGCGCCCAGUCCAUCAUCACCCGCCUCCGCCACGAGCGCCAGCUCCACCGCCUCGAUGCUAAUUCCCUCGGCCUCCUCGCCGUGGCGGCCGCCAAGGCCGGCCACACGCUCUACGCCACCUCCAUCGUCAAGUCCAUGCUCCGCUCCGGUUAUCUCCCCCACGUCAAGGCGUGGAGCGCCGUCGUUAGCCGCCUCGCGGCUUCCGGCGAUGACGGCCCCACCGAAGCGCUCAAGCUGUUCAAUUCGGUGACACGGCGGGUCCGCCGAUUCGCAGACCCCACCAUAGUUGCCGACUCGCGGCCCGACACGGCUGCUUACAACGCUGUGCUCAAUGCCUGUGCUAAUGUUGGCGAUACUAAGCGGUUCCUGCAAUUGUUUGAUGAAAUGCCUGAGUUUAGCGCUGAGCCGGAUGUACUAACUUACAACGUUAUGAUUAAGCUGUGUGCUAGAGCUGACAGGAAAGAUUUGCUGGUCUUUGUAUUGGAGAGGAUUCUUGAGAAGAGAAUUCCCUUGUGUAUGACAACGUUGCAUUCACUUGUUGCGGCUUAUGUUGGUUUCAGUGAUUUGCAAACGGCGGAGAAUAUGGUUCAAGCAAUGAGGGAAGGUCGGAGGGAUCUUUGCAGGAUUCUCAGGGAGAAUUCGAGUCAGGAGGAUGGAGAUGAAGAUGGGGAUAGAGAUAGAGAUGGGCAUGGAGAUGUGUUUACGAAGUUGCUUCCCAAUAGUAUCGAGUUGGGUAACUCUGAGCCGCCACUGUUGCCAAAAGCAUAUGCUCCUAACUCUAGAAUUUAUACAACUCUUAUGAAAGGUUAUAUGAUGUCUGGCCGUGUCACCGACACGGUCCGAAUGCUUGAGGCAAUGCGGCGGCAGGACGAUAGUGCUAGUCAUCCUGAUCAUGUAACAUAUACAACUGUUAUUUCAGCAAUGGUAAAGGCAGGGUUGAUGGACCGGGCACGCCAAGUGCUUGCCGAAAUGACAAGAAUUGGUGUACCUGCAAAUCGGAUUACUUACAAUAUACUCCUCAAGGGCUACUGCGAGCAACUGAAGAUAGACAAGGCAAAGGAGCUGCUUAGGGACAUGGCUGAUGAUUCAGGAAUUGAGCCUGAUGUGGUGUCCUAUAACAUCUUGAUUGAUGGGUGUAUACUGGUUGAUGACAGUGCCGGGGCUCUUGCAUUCUUCAAUGAGAUGCGAGCAAAAGGAAUAGCUCCCACGAAGAUUAGUUAUACCACUUUGAUGAAAGCUUUUGCCUUGUCGGGUCAACCAAAGCUGGCUAACAAGGUGUUUGAUGAGAUGCUCAGUGAUGCUCGAGUGAAGGUUGAUUUAGUUGCCUGGAAUAUGUUGGUUGAAGGCUAUUGUAGACUGGGAUUGCUUGAAGCAGCAAAGAAAAUCAUUGAGAGAAUGAAAGAAAAUGGGCUUUACCCCAAUGUGGCUACUUAUGGCAGUCUAGCCAAUGCAAUUGCAUUGGCUAGAAAACCAGGAGAGGCACUUCUGCUUUGGAACGAGGUAAAGGAGAGAUGUAGGGCAAAAAAGGAAGGAGUGAAUUGCGAUUCUUCACCUACACCUCCACCAUUGAAACCAGAUGAAGGGCUUUUGGAUACUUUGGCUGAUAUCUGUGUGAGAGCCGCUUUCUUUAGAAAAGCUUUAGAAAUAGUGGCUUGUAUGGAAGAGUAUGGGAUACCACCAAACAAGACCAAGUAUACAAGAAUCUAUGUGGAAAUGCAUUCAAGGAUGUUUACUAGCAAGCAUGCAUCAAAGGCCAGGCAGGACAGAAGGAUUGAGAGGAAGAGGGCAGCUGAGGCUUUCAAAUUUUGGCUGGGGUUGCCUAAUUCUUAUUAUGGGAGUGAGUGGCGGUUAGAACCUAUUGAUGGAGAUCAAGAUGCUUCUGAAUUCUGAUUCAGUUUAACCCCUUGGUACUAUUUGAUAGACUAGCUUCCCCAGCUAUAGCACAGCUUCGGGAUCUCUGUGGCCUUAAGCAGAAUUUUGAGAAGCUACUGCAGUC